UCUGUUGACGGCUCCGCGUGUGGUUACCGGAGCAGCGCGUGAAGCGGGGUUGUGCUUCUUUUCCGCAGCCGCUGUCGGCCAGGUGGUGCGUCUCCCGGCGCGAGCGUCCUAAGUUUGCGCCAUGGAGGUGGUGGAGGCCGCCGCCGCUCAGCUGCAGACACUGAAAUUCGGUGGCGCCGGCGUCGGAAUUGGCCAAGAUCUGGCCGCGCCGGCUCCGGACCCCGCUCCGGUCGCAGCGCCGCCGGCGGACGAGGGGCCCCCGGAGUCUGCGGCCGAACCGUCGCCUCAGCUCCUGCCGCUGUCGCUCCCGGGGCCGCCUCCGGAAGGGAGCGGCCUGGAGACGUCGGACUCGGACUCCGACUCAGAUUCGGACUCGGACAGUGAAACAGAUACUGAUAGUUCAAGCUCCUCCUCUUCCUCAUCAUCAUCCUCGUCGUCUUCCUCUCAUAUGUCCCUUCCUCCAGUUCUGUCAGAUGGAGAAGAUGACUUACUAGUUGAGAAGGAAAAUAAGAAUUUUCCUCUUAAAACAAAAGAUGAGUUACUUCUUAAUGAACUACCUUCUGUUGAAGAACUCACUAUUGUUCUGCCUGAAGAUAUUGAAUUAAAGCCUCUUGGGAUGGUUUCAAGUAUUAUUGAACAAUUAGUAAUAAUUGAAUCUAUGACUAAUGUACCUCCAGUUAAUGAGGAGACUGUAAUUUUUAAAACUGAUCGACAGGCAGCAGGAAAGAUAUUUGAGAUAUUUGGACCUGUUGCACAUCCAUUUUAUGUAUUACGGUUUAAUUCUUCAGAGCAUAUUGAAAAUAAAGGUAUUAAGAUAAAAGACACUAUGUAUUUUGCUCCAUCAAUGAAAGACUUCACCCAGUAUAUAUUCACAGAGAAGCUUAAACAGGAUAGGGGAUCAGAUGCAUCAUGGAAGAAUGAUCAAGAACCACCACCAGAGGCCUUGGAUUUCAGUGAUGAUGAAAAAGAAAAAGAAGCCAAACAGAAGAAAAAAUCUCAGAUUCAAGGUCGGAAAAAAUUCAGAUCUGAAUUUAAUGAACCUGGUGAAGAUUUUGCAGAAGUACAUCACAAUUGGAAUGUUCAUAGCUCUGCUUCAGAGCAUUCCAAAGGAUAUCAUAACAGAGAAUUCACAAGAGGAUUUUCUCAGGCAAGUGAAAGGUACAGAGAAGAAGAGCGUUAUGUCUUGGCAGAAGUCAUGUGUAUAAUUAAAAUUAAUAUUUAUUUAUUUUGCAUUGAUAGGCUUUCCAUUAUCUGUGCAGAUUUCCAUUAUUCAUCCAUGAUCCAGUAAACCUUACUGUUUAACUGCUUAAAGAGACACAGAGUGUUAACAGUAGAAUGCAUUAUUCAUUCACAGUAAUGUGCAUUUACCAACAGCAAGCAGACUUGUGUGUCCAUAUCGAUUUCCCAGAUUCUUGGAUGCCUUGCACAGAUUAAAUGCUUAAUAAAAAAAAAUUUAUUAAA